UUGCCACAAAAUUCUUCAGUGGAAUGUCCUGGUUCACCUGUUAUCUCCGAACAGCUCGCUACAGUAGCUAACCUAGAAUCGCAUUAUAUUUUACGGCAAUAUUACACUUUCACCACACUUGGAAUUUAUCCAAGUCUAGGAAUGCAUUUUGUUUUUCGUCCGGUCCUUAACGACACAUCCGAGAAAUACAGACACCAGUACUUGCAUAGUUUAUGGUAGUAAAAUCGAUUUUCUUGACGACCUCUGUCCCUGGUAGCAGACGGUAUUGAAGAAUCUUACAAAUUUUAUGUCCAAGCGGUCGGUAGUCAUUGUUAUGUGAUCAAACAGCCGAGCAGGUUUGGAGUAGAGACCCCUGUGAUGGAAGUCGGGAAAGUGGCUGUAAAAGGGUUAGAUGUUAUAGAGUUUCCAGCGACACCUAAAGCUCGCACCUGGGUUGGAACCGACCGCAUUGAAGUCCCGGGAAAGGCGCUGAGAAAUUCGUAUGAAGAGAGCCAGGUGGUGGGAGUGAGCAGCUUUCUCUACAGGACAAUUAAGGACCUACUUCCCGGGAACGACUUUCUCCUCAGAGACUCCAAGAUCAUCAACACCAGAGUUAUCUCUCUGUCGCUCUUCCCGCCUCCCCCCGGUGAGCUAGAUCCGCCUGUUCGAGUCGAGCUUGCCCACGAGAACGCCUCGUUCGUGGAUCCGGAGUGCGUUAGUUGGGAUUUCGGUAUCCAGUUGCCGAACCGGACGACAAAAGGCGGCUGGUCUACCGAGGGAUGUGCCGUGCUGCUCUCCAACGACAGCCACACCGUCUGCCAGUGCAAACACCUCACCGACUUCGCCGUGCUCGUCACGCCCUUCGUCCCGAAGAUGGAUGCUCCCAGCGCCAACGAGAUCUCCUUUAUCGUCGCCAUUGGCUGUGGAAUCGCCAUGCUGGAAAUAGCCUCCGUAAUACUCGUUUACAUCCUACUUUGGAGAAAGUGCAUCCGCUGCGAUAGGUCCGUCAUUGUUCUCAACCUGUCCUUGUCAUUAUUAAACGCCAACGGUGUAUUCCUGGGCGGGAUACCCCAAAAAUGGAACAAAACCAUCUGUACAGCUGUUGCCGCCAUGCUUCAUUACUUCUUCCUGGCCGCCUUUUGUUGGAUGCUGGCUGAAGGAUGGCACAUGUACUCUUCCUUGGUCCGUACCAACGGCAAACUCAGCAAAGCCAAGCUAUACAUCGCACUGGGAUGGCUACUACCAGCAGCAGUUGUCGGCGUUUCUUUGGGGAUUACGAAGACAAAUGGAUAUGGCAAUGACAAACACUGCUGGAUCACGCUCGAUAGCCAGCUUCCAUUAGCCCUGGCAGCGCCGGCCUGUGCAGUAGUGGCCGCAAACUUGGUCAUCUUACUCCUGGUUGUGAAGGCCAUGCUGAAUUCAAUGGCGAAGAAAGUCGACAAGGACCGUACUAGAACGGCCCUCUGGAGUUCGUGUGUUAUAUUGCCUUUGCUGGGCGCUACGGUAGUUCUUGCGGUGUUUGCCGUCAACCGAUCUGCAGUGCUAUUUCAGUACUUAUUCGCCAUGUGCAACACCUUAUUGGGUCUCUUCAUGCUGCUGUUCUACUGCGUAGGCAAUAAACAGGUCUUGGACAUCGUGAAGUCCCGGAUGUGUGCCGCCGAGGAGACUGACCCGCCCUCUGACCCUGACGUCGCCAUAUCUGCUCAGAACCCUACUGCGAAGAAGGUUGACGCCAACGGUAGGCCAAUAACAUACACAGCGGCCGUACAUGUUGAUGGACCAAUGACCGUCGUGGAGAAGAUCGACCACGUGACUCAUGAAGAGCAUGAGAUGGAGAUGAUUGACGUAGUGGUGACGUCAGAACAGGAACGCCGGGCACAGGCGGAGGCGUUGCUACGGCGACAGGGUCACUCCCGGACGUUAGAACGUGAUCCACGGUACGGCCCUUGUCCCAAACCCCGCCAGGCCGCCGAACAGCGCCCGGUGUCCCUGGAGGUCCCCAUCCACACCAUGCCUCGCAACCCGCGACACGACGGCAGCUCUCCGCGGAUGAUGACCACCUUCAAGCCCGACGACAUGGAGCAGUACCACACCGCCUCCACGUUGCGUGUCCAGCUCGACCCUCGUCCCACCAAACCCCAGCCUGGCGCCAUCAGAGUUCUCCCAGGUCACGGCCCGAGCGUGGCUCAGGGGAAACACCUAGAUUACGAGCCGGUCAAGCAUUCCUCCUGCGAAGAGUUGGACAGGACAGACAAGUACAAAGCUGACCAUGUCGUGAUGAAUACAAAUGCCUCCCCCUCACCCCACAUUGUGCGAGCACAAGCAAGAUACUCAGACCUAGACUUUCAGAAAAUUAUGCACACCAGAGAGCGGCAUAUGGACAUGCUGCAAAAUAUACACGACUCCCCUUCUGCCUCACAGCAAACUGAGGUGUCACGACAGUGGAGUGUCUCUUCCUUACCAGAGUUUUUACUUAAGGAAGGGCAAACGUUAAGUAGAGCUGCGUUUAGAAGCCUGAAAAGGAGCUUAAGCAACCCGAAAUGGAAGCAGCAGGGCCCGGGCCAGCCGGAGGGACCUUCUGACCGUGAAGCCACGCCUUCUUCCAUAGAAAUGACAGAAUUCUACAAAAGCUACUCAGAUAUUUGACACCAGAAAAUGUAUAGAACUGGACCUUUUAUAACUUCGUCUCGUUCGUCUUACCAGUGGAGUCAUGUAUUGUUGCGAUAACAUACAAAAGAACAUUUCCUAUGAAACAGCAGACUGUGUGGAACCAGAACAGCCCUACCUAUAUUUCACGAUGUUGUGGAUAUGUAUAAUGACCUUUGCCGUCACAUACUGGGGAAAGGAAAGUACGCCAGCUGUAUGGACACCAUUUACUAUUGUAGAUGUAUAAGUCUUCUUUGCAGUGAAAGGCAAAGGCCAUUCUGACAGUGUAUCAACCUAUCUUCUGGAGGUCAAAAUACAGGGAUGUUUUAUGGAGGUCAGCUAUGCUGUACCGAAAUUCCAAAGUCAGAUUUACCAAAUGUUAUGACAUCUUCAAUGAAAUUGAUAAAACAACUCUAAUUCCAUGUGCAUAAGCAUAUUAUGAAUUGGCGCAGAAACAUAUGCCUGUCGUUAAUCCUUAUUGAUAAACACUUCCCUGAGAAUGCACAUGAAGGAGGUGGAUUUGGAAUGACAUGUAAAAUCCAAGAUAUCAUAGACAGACUUUCUCAUCUACUGUUCAUGUUUCAUGUGAGCUGGGCGUUGUCAAUCAGCUGCAGUCUACGCGUAUAAAGAACCAGUUAUAUUAUAUUCAUCACUACUACUUUCUUCGAAUGUACAAUCUACGACAGACUGCGGCCGUUAUGUGUGGAAGUAAACCCUUGCGGCCGCCAUCUUUACAUUUCAGAUGGAAGCAAGGGAAACGUAAGUCGUCACUUAUCCUGUGCAGUAGGUAAUAUAAAUUGGUGGUCUAAUCUAUAUAUACAAGCUAUAUUGAUUGCUGUAGUACAAUAAACUAUGUA